AUGGAAACGGGUCACCAAACAUCACGUACUUGGCUCAUUCCAGUUAUUUUUGCCGUUUUUGCUUCUGCUAUUUUUUCAAUUUAUCUCAAUUUUCCCGAAGUAUCGGAUGAAGAAAGAAUACAUUUGAAAUAUCCACGAAAUUUGGAAGACGCAAAACUACUUGGCAGAGUUUUAUCAAAAUACAAAGAGAACAACUAUUCAGUUGUAUUAUCAGCAGUUAUUGUUGUUUAUAUAACUCUUCAAUCGUUUGCUAUUCCUGGAUCUCUUUUCCUAACAAUUUUAUCAGGAUAUCUGUUCCCAUUUCCAAUUGCUCUUCUACUCGUAUGUUCAUGUUCUGCAAUUGGUGCUGCAAUUUGUUUCACUUUAUCACAUCUUUUUGGUCGAAGCUUUGUACUUUCAAAGUUUCCUGAAAGAAUUGCCAAGUGGCAAGUUGAUUUGGCCAAACAUCGCGACGAUUUUCUUAAUUAUAUGAUUUUUCUACGUGUAACUCCAAUCGUACCCAAUUGGCUUAUUAAUAUUGCUAGUCCUCUUUUAGAUGUCCCUUUAGCUCCAUUCUUUUGGGGAACUUUUCUCGGUGUUGCUCCACCAAGUUUUCUUUAUAUUCAAGCUGGUUCAACACUUGAGCAAUUGACUCAUACAAGUGUAACUUGGAGUUGGACUUCAAUUUUAUUGCUCACUUUUUCAGCCAUUCUUUCUAUCGCUCCCAUUGUUUAUAAGAAAAAGUUUAAAACUGAUUAAUUGUUGAAAUUUCCUUUUAAUUUAUUGCUUUCUUGUCUUUUUUUGUGUACAUUUAUAAUAAUAAUAAAUCGUUUAGGUAAUGAAACAAUGAUGAUGCGAAUUGCUGCAAGACGAAGAUUUUUAACUCUUGGUGCAACAAGAAAUCCAACUGAAAUAUCAACUUUUGGAGAUCGUAAUUAUGGAACAUCGAAAACUUCAAGACCUCUACUUCAACAUCGUGUAAUUCUGAACAUUCAAAGCGAGCGAAAUUUUGUUGGAAUUGCCGCUUCAGCUGCACGACAUUUAUUGAAACUUCGAUAUUUUGUAGCUACUGGAGUUAUUGGUGGAAGUGUUGCUGCAAGAACUGUGAGUUUUUCUUUCUAUAUCUAAUUCCAGAAAUUCAAAAACUAUUUUUCAGUGGUAUGAUGAAUGGAAAUCGAAUUUGCCCGAUUUGUCUCUACCUGAAUGGGCUCAAUUUGACUCGAAUCCGGCUUGGAUGGAAUUUUCUCAAAAAGUUAAAGACUUGAAAAUUGGUUUUGGAGCAGAAAAAGAGGGAUGGAUGGCUAAGUUUGAGGAAUUCAAGAAGAAACGAAAUGAAGAAAGAGAAAAUGGUGAAAAUAAUGAAACUCCACCAACAGCAGAACCACUUGUCUUGGCUUCUUUGAUGUCAGCUUUUUCUGCGAAAAAUUCCGAUGAAGAUGGACAGAAAAAAGAUCAGAAAUCGGCUGAAGAAAGAAUUCAGAAGUUGCAAGAAGAAAUGCUGAAAACACAAAGUCAAUAUCAAAGAGAAUUAGAACGAUUGGAAAAAGAAAACAAAGUUCUGAAACAAAGAUUAUUAUUAGGCGAUCAAGGAGCUGUUAGAAGAUUGAAACGAUUAAAAAGAUCACUUAUCGAUAUGUACAGUGAAGUACUCGAUUUAUUGAAUGAAUAUGAUUCAUCUUAUAAUACUGCUGAUAAUUUACCAAGAGUUGUUGUGGUUGGAGAUCAAAGUGCUGGUAAAACAUCAGUUCUUGAAAUGGUUGCACAAGCAAGAAUAUUUCCAAGAGGUUCUGGUGAAAUGAUGACUCGAGCACCUGUAAAAGUAACAUUAUCCGAAGGACCUUAUCAUGUUGCACAAUUCAAAGAUUCAUCUCGAGAAUUUGAUUUGACAAAAGAAAGUGAUUUGCAACAAUUGAGAAAUGAAACUGAAGUUCGAAUGAGAAAUUCAGUAAAAGAUGGACAAAGUGUUUCAAAUGAAGUUAUUGCUUUAACUGUUAAAGGACCAAAUCUACCUCGAAUGGUUUUAGUUGAUUUACCCGGUGUUAUUUCUACAGUAACUGCAGAUAUGGCUAAAAAUACAAAAGAUGAUAUUAUUCGAAUGAGUAAAGCGCAUAUGGAAAAUCCAAAUGCAAUUAUUCUAUGUAUUCAAGAUGGGUAAGUUAACUUCAGAUUUUUUUGCUCAUACGUUUCUAACAAGUUUUUUAUUUGCAGAUCUGUUGAUGCUGAACGGAGUAAUGUCACUGAUCUUGUUAGUUCAAUUGAUCCAUCUGGAAAACGAACAAUCCUUGUUUUGACAAAAGUUGAUCUUGCUGAGAAAAACUUAGCCAAUCCAGAUCGUAUCAAGAAAAUUCUCGAAGGAAAACUGUUUCCAAUGAAAGCAUUGGGAUAUUUUGGAGUGGUUACUGGUCGUGGAAAUAGUGCUGAAUCAAUCGAUGACAUUCGAAAAUAUGAAGAAUCAUUCUUUUCUGGAAGUCAAUUAUUACGCGAUGGAGUAUUAAAACCAUCACAAAUGACAACACGAAAUAUGUCUUUAGCUGUUUCGGAUUGUUUUUGGCGAAUGGUUCGAGAUUCAAUUGAAAGUCAAGCAGACGCAUUCCGCGCAUCUCGUUUUAAUUUGGAAACCGAAUGGAAAAAUAAUUUUCCCAGAAUUCGCCAACUUGAUCGAGAUGAAUUAUUUGAUAAAGCAAAAGGUGAAAUCCUCGAUGAAAUUGUGAAUCUUUCUUUAGUCGGUGUCGAAGAAUGGGAAAAAGUUUUGCAAGAAAAACUGUGGUCUGGAAUAUCAUCACAUGUUUUCGAUCAAAUUUUGAUGCCCGCAUUUGCAUCGUCGAGUUCUGGAUCAUUCAAUACAACAGUUGAUAUUCGAUUGAAACAUUUUGCUGAUAAAGAACUAGCACAAAAAAGCAUUUCAACUGGUUGGGAAACACUUCGAGAAGUAUUUUUGAGACAAAUAAAUCAAGAUGCAAGAACAAGAAGAGAUCAUGAUAGUGUUUUUGAUCCAUUGAAAGAAGCUGUUAUUGAAGAAGCAAUGGGAACACACAAAUGGGAUGAAAAGGCUAUGGAUUAUUUGGUUAGUUUUUAUGAAAAAUAAUUCGAAUCUGAAAAAUAUCAAAUUUUGAAGCUCGCGAUUUUCUAAUUUUUCAAGAUUUUGUCUAUUUUCCUUUUUUCUUUUCAAUAACUUCAAGUAUUUUCAGCGUGUGAUUCAAUUGAAUGCAAUGGAAGAUAGAGCUGUGCAAGAUAAGCGAUCUUGGGAUGCAGCUUGUAAUUUCUUACAUAGGGUUAGUCAAUUUCUUAUUUGUUUUUCUAUCAAUUUAUAUUUCGUUCCCUUUUUCAGGCUGCUUCCGAACGACUUGCCAAAAUCAAAACUCAAUUAAACGAAGAUCGUGGACCUGGAUGGGCUUCAAAAUGGUUUAUGUGGAAAACACCAACUGCUAAUAAUCACUAUUCAUGUGUUAUUCAAGAUGAACUAUACUCUAUUUUGGCAAAUGAUCCGGAACAUAAACAAGCACUAACAGAUGAUGAUAUAACUGUUAUUCGAAGAAAUAUUGAGACAAAAGGUGUUGGGGAUAUUCCAAAUGAAAUGAUUCGAAAACAAUGGAAAUUGGUGUUCAAAAAACAUUUCUUGGAGAGGAUUAUCAAUGUUAGUUAAACCUUUUACAUGAAAAAAUAAUAAUAUCGGUUUUUUCUUCAGAGUAGUCGAGAUUGUUUGUCAUUGUAUCAAAUGUAUCGACAAGGAAUGGUUGAAGGAAAUGAUUUGGAUUGUCAAACUAUUGUUUUGUUCUAUAGGUGAGUUGAUUUUUUUUUAGAAAUUGUUAGUGUCCUUUUCCUGCAAAUUUGUGUUCUAAGAGAUCAGUCAUCAAAUAUUUUUUUCAUAUAAAAUACAAUUUCAGAAUACAAAAAAUGGUGACUCUGACAUGUAAUGCUCUUCGGCAACAAAUUACGAAUACUGAACAACGACGAUUAGAAAAGGAGAUAAAAGAAGUGCUUGAUGAUUGGUCACAGGAAAAUGAGAAAAAGAAACAAUAUUUGACGGGUAGACGUGUUGAUUUGGCAGAAGAGCUUAGUAAGUUUUAUUUGGAAAAUAAUUUUCUUACUGUAGAAUUUACAUCAUUUGCUAAGUUAAUUCCAACACAAAAAGUUUCAUUGUGAGCCCAUUUUCCAAUUUAAUAUAUUGCUCACGUUUUUUUCUGCAAACUCCAGAAAUAGUUUCCUAUUUGAUCAAAGCGUGUUCGUUUAGAAUGUUGAAAAUUUGUAUUUUCAACUCAUUUCCUGAAAUAAAUUUAGAAUCUGAAGUUAGAAUAACACUCGCUCCAUUUUUAUUAGUUUCGGAAACUAUCUUUCUGCAUUUCCAAUAGCUUCUGCUUCACAAAAUGUUCCAAAGAUUCAAACACCAUCAGGGUCUAUCAAAAUCUCAAGAAUCAAAAAAUGCCAAACUACAAUUAGGUUUUUCAUCUCCUCUUUUUCAUCAUCUUCUUAUUUUUUCCUUCUCCGAACACCACCUCCUCCCAUAGACGUUCAAUGAUCAAAAAAAAAGUUAACUUGUAAUUAAUUCCUCCUCCUCCUACUACAUAAGGAAUAUUUGAUAUUAUUCUAGACUUGAAUUCAAUUCAAUUCACUUCUUCGUACCCUCGAACACAUCUCAUUUUUAUUUCAAUGCUCUCUUCAAUUCAUACACUCUCUUAUAAUCUAUGAACAUUGUUCACUUCUUUUUUUUUCUCUUCCGCAAAAUAAAAAGCCACGCCUUACCUCGUCAAAGUUUUGUUGUUACCCGCUUCAAAUUCUGCAAGCAAGCAAGCUAAUUUUAUCAUCUGAAUAAUUUUUGAUCUCCUAAAAAAAAAGAAAAAAUGAUCCGUUGUUUGCACUAUAUUCAUCCUUUUAAUUGUUGGUCUACUAGCCUUGCUGCUUUUUUCCAAUAGAUAUGGAGAAGCUUUGUUUUUCUGUGCUGUUAUAUUGGUUUUUCGAGAAUAUUGUAGACUAUACAAUGUUUGCCAUUGAUCAAUGAUAUAUCUUCUUCGAACUUUUGUAUUUUUAAUUAAAUUUAAUUAUUUUCAGAUCAAGUUCGUCGAAUUCAAGAAAAACUCGAAGAAUUCAUGGCUCAAUUGCAACGCGAAAAAGUUUAG